AUGAGAAGACUGGAUUCUCUCGGCUGUGCCUCGAACUGGAACUAAUCGCGCGGACUUGAAAUCCCAUCCAGUCCUCAUUGUCGGCUUUGAAAUAUUACUUAUAAUAAUUCGAGUUUAUUAAGACCCCUCGCACAAAAGACACAAAGUUAUUCUAGCAGCAUUACAUGUACAGUAAAAGCCAGUAAAAGCGUGCGUAGAAGAACCUACCUGUAGUUAUUGAGAACCUUACUGUAGUAAGGGAGGAGCACUCGUGCGGAAAGCGAACAAAUAUGUGGAAGAGCUAUAGCAGACGAUUACAAGUCUCUGUGGCCGUUGCAAUCAUUUUAACUACUUUAAUCUUUCUACAACUUACUUCAAAUGUCUUUUUAAAAACACACAAUCAUCCCUCAUAUAAAACAACACUGGGUGAUGUCCUGGAGCGGCAAGAAGAUUUCAUUUUGGCGGAUUUUCAAGAUAGAGGAAUAAACAAAACUGAAGUACUCCUAGUAUUGAUUGUGUCUUCUGCUCCGAGGAGAAAAGAUAGACGGGACUCGAUACGACAGUCAUACUGGAAAUACUGCAAAACAUCGCAGGUCAUUUGCGUCUUUUUCACCGAUGGCUUGGUGGACAACUCGACACGUGAUCAGCUACGGAACGAAAGUCGUACUUACGGAGAUCUGCGAUAUCAGCCAUUGCAGGGCGGCAAGGAAUUUGGCUAUCGAUUUUUGCUUCAAAUCAAAUGGGCGAUGGCACAUUACGAAUUCCAGUACUUAUUACGGGUCGAUGACGACUAUUUUGUCUGCCUUAACAGACUUUUAAACGAACUGCCUCGACGACCGAAAAACAACCUAGUGUGGGGACACUUUUACUGCUUGAAAGAUCUAGUUUAUGUCGACGAGGCGUGGAUGAUAUUCUCCGUUGAUGUGAUACGGACGUUUUUAUCACAAGACGACAAACACUUAGUGUGUCACCCACAUGCCGACCAACAGAUAGCCAUAUGGCUGAAUAACAUUCCUGGAAGAAUUUACUUCCAUGACCCUCGCCUCCACCACGCUAGGGCGGGUCUUAUACCCGAGUUCAAAACCAAGCGUGAUAUAUGCAAUGUGUACUUAGGGGUUCAUGGUGCGUACUCUGAUCUAAUGGCUUAUUUUGGAGAAGUUAGUAAUGACGAAGCAAAGGGACAUGUGAUGAAUAUUGCAGAUUAUCGCUUGGGUUGUCCGCAUUGGGGAUUCGAAUGGACCGAAAUGGCAGGGUUUUAUCGGUUUGAGCCCAAGCCUUGUGUCAACAUGUCUUCGUGGGGAUUGGACCAUAAUAUGUAUGCGGGGGAUGAGGAGUUUGUGACACCAAAAGAAGCACCAUCAUCAUCAUCAACGUGACAUCAUCAUCAUCAUCGGACAGUGCCCCCAUUUAUCAGACGGUGGUGCGAUAAUAGGAGAUGAAUAUAGAAAAGAAGCUGAACAAGAACUGAGAGAAAAAACUUAAGACUGUUUUUUAACAGCAUCUUAGAAAAUGUGAAAUUAUCAAAAUUUUAUCGGGGGAGUAUGUCCCCGCAUGCACAUAAACGGUAAAAUGUUUUUUAUGCUUAUCUAUUUUCAUUAAAGCCGUCACAUAUUUACAAUAUAUCAUUUUUAAACAAAGCAUGAAAAUUGUAAACCAUUUAAAAUGUAUCUGAAACACAAUACUUUUAAAAAACAUGGGUUUGUUUUCAUUUAAUCAUUUUUUCAUUGUUCUCUGGUGUAACCAGCACAGUCAUUUUCUUUUGGGGGGGGGGGGGGGGUUGAACUUACCAUCCAAAAGGUCACAUGAUCACUUAGCAUAGGUCCCCUACUUGGUGGGGGUGAGGGAGGGAGGGACCUACCUGGCCCUGAAUUAAAUAAUAGAAAAUUUAAAAACUUUAAUAGUUUAGUGCUUUACAGAGUUUAUUGACCUGUCUCAUUCCACUGCCAGUUUUGGGCAAUUUGACAGCAUUUUCAUAUUAAUUUGAUUGACAUGUAUGUGGUAACUGAAUGUUUCAUAUAUUGAAUUGACAAUGCUAUCUCUUUACUCUUAUCAAUGUAUACUUUUUUCCAGUCAACCAAUCUAUGCCUCUUUCUCUCCUGCACGCUUGUGUCAAAGAUCUCAGUAAUAUACUCCAUGCUUCUUCCUCAAGUCUAUCUGAAAAAUAAAAAUAAAAAACAGCUAA